CGUGUGAUGAAGACAUGAAAUGCCACGCCCACCGCUCAACGUCUCUCUCUUCUUCCUAACCGUCACUCCGUAUUUCUCGAAUCCCAAAACCCAAAUGUUUAAAUUACCCAGUCAUUCCUCCUCCUCCUCCUCCUCACCAAUUUUUUCUGAGCCUGUUGCAAUAACCUCCAAAUAUUUUUUGUGGUCAACACUGAAGAGGUUAUAUUCAAUUGUUGCUUCUCUUUCCAAUCAUGAAAGAAUUCCACGAAUAUAUUUCUCAUGAUUCAUUGAUGUGAAUACAUAAAUCAUAAUUUAUCUUCAAAUUUUCAUAUUCUUUCAUGUAAAUAGAUAUCUCUGAAUGCAAACACCUCUCAAUCUCAAUCCUAUAAUGCCGCCUUCCGCAGCAGGCUCCUUCCGAUCCCAUUCCACCAAGCAUCGCCACAACUUCCGCCUCUCUUCCCCUCGCUCUGAAUCCCCCUCCCCCAAUCACCGCAGGCAUAUUCGCCGAUCGGCCUCGUCGCUCCAGCCGCAGAUGUCGGUGAUGAUCAACGACAUUGUGGGCAAGGGAAUCUCUGGGAUUUUGUACAAAUGGGUGAACUACGGCAGAGGGUGGCGCCGGCGUUGGUUCGUUUUGCAGGACGGUGUUAUGUCGUAUUAUAAGCUUCACGGCCGUGAUAAGAUCACAGUCAAUCAGGACACGGAGAGGGGAUCCAAGGUGAUCGGAGAAGCGUCGUUCCGGAGGGUAUGUAGUCGGGAAAUUAGGCACUCGCAACCUCGGUGCAAGCCUUUCGGGGAAAUCCACCUCAAGGUUUCUUCUAUACGGGAGAGCAGAACAGAUGACAGGAGGUUUUCAAUAUUUACUGGCACAAAGAGGCUGCAUUUAAGGGCAGAAACUCGGGAGGAUCGGAUGUUAUGGAUGGAGGCAUUGCGGGCCAUGAAGGAGCUGUUCCCUCGUGUGUCAAACAAUGAGCUUAUGGCUCCUUCUGAAAAUGUUGUUGUCUCGACUGAGAAGCUGAGGCAACGGUUGUCAGAGGAGGGCAUUUCCGAGUCUGCAAUUCAGGACAGUGAGCAGAUCAUGAAGAGCGAGUUUACCAAGAUGCAUAGCCAACUUAUGGUUCUCAAGCAAAGGCAGGUGAUCCUUGUUGAUGCAUUGAGGCACUUAGAGGCAGAAAAAGUGGACUUGGAAAACACACUUGUUGAUGAGAGCCAAAGACAAUCUAAGGCGCAAGAGGCUUCUUCAACUGCUAGGCAACACCAAGAUGAUGAAGGAAGUGCAAGUGACUCUGAUGUCGACAAUGAUGGACAUGAUGCUGCAGAGGAAGACACAGAUGAUGAUGAUGAUGAUGAGUUCUUUGAUACUCAGGAUUUCCUCUCAUCAAGUUCCUUAAAAUGCAGAGGAUCUGAUUUUCGGAGAUUGUCAUUUGAUACUGAUGACCAAGAACCUCUCAAUUCUAUGGAUGAUAUUGAUUCUUCCACUAGAUCUAAUGGAACUAAUUAUCCUCAUGUUAGGCGCCGAAAUAAAUUGCCUGAUGCAGUUGAAAAAGAGAAAGGAGUCAGUCUCUGGUCAAUAAUCAAAGAUAACAUUGGCAAGGAUCUCACCAAAGUUUGUCUUCCAGUUUACUUCAAUGAGCCCAUCUCUUCCCUACAAAAAUGUUUUGAAGAUCUGGAAUACUCAUACCUUCUCGAUCAAGCGUAUGAAUGCGGUAAAAUGGGUAAUAGCCUUCUGAGGAUCCUAAAUGUAGCAGCAUUUGCUGUAUCUGGCUAUGCUUGUACUGAUGGUAGAAAUUGUAAGCCAUUUAAUCCAUUAUUGGGGGAGACAUAUGAGGCUGAUUACCCAGAUAUGGGCCUGCGUUUUAUCUCAGAGAAGGUUAGUCACCACCCUAUGAUUGUUGCAUGCCAUUGUGAGGGUCAUGGUUGGAAACUAUGGGGAGACAGCAACCUAAAAAGUAAAUUCUGGGGCCGUUCUAUUCAGCUUGAUCCUGUAGGUCUUUUGACUUUGGAGUUUGAUGAUGGAGAAGUUUUUCAGUAUAGGAAGGUAACGACAUCCAUCUACAACCUGAUUUUAGGGAAACUCUACUGUGAACAUUAUGGCACAAUGCAUAUACGAGGAAAUCGUGACUACUCUUGUAAGAUAAAAUUCAAGGAGCAGUCUAUUGUUGAUCGAAAUCCUCAUCAGGUACAAGGCAUAGUUCAAGACAGGAAAGGGAAAACAGUAGCAACAUUGUUCGGGAAGUGGGAUGAGAGCAUGCAUUAUAUGAAUGGAGACUGUUCUGGGAAAGGAAAAGGAUCAGAUCCAUCAUCAGAGGCACAAUUGCUUUGGAAACGGAGCAAACCAUCCAAAUUCCAAACUAAAUAUAACUUUUCAAGUUUUUCUAUGACCCUAAACGAGCUCACCCCAGGACUUGAGGAAAAGCUGCCGCCAACAGACUCAAGGCUCAGACCUGAUCAGAGAUGUUUAGAGAACGGGCAAUAUGAAAUGGCCAAUUCAGAGAAGUUGAGGCUGGAGCAGAGGCAGCGUCAGGCCAGCAAGAUGCAGGAGAGAGGUUGGAAGCCGAGAUGGUUUGCGAAGGAGAAAGGUGAGAAUGCAUACCGCUAUGUUGGCGGUUAUUGGGAGACCAGGGAAGCUGGGAAGUGGGAAUCAUGUCCUGAUAUCUUUGGCCAAGUUCACAAGGAUCAUACUUUGGACUCAUAAAAUGCUGAAGAGCCCCUCCAUUCUUUUAUUAUUAUCACUAUUAGUAUUAUUUUUGUCAAGUUGUGUCCAUUCUUUUUCCCAAAUAUAUACCACAAAAUUGUCCCCCAUGCUUGUAUUUUUAGCCAAUUGAGAUACCACAGGAAAUGCAUUGAAAAACUAUUAAUAAGUUGCACUUUUUUUUUUCCGUCUUC